GGCAAAAAUCAUUUCCCAAAAACCCAAUUAACCGAAUACUGGAGAGAGAGAGAGAGAGAGGGAGAGAAUGGGCGGUAACAGACGGUUCGCGCAGGUGGCAACGAGCGACGACGAGGACGACUUGCCGCCGCGGGCACCGCGUUCAGUUUCACCGACGACGGACGAAGAGCAACCGAACGAUAGGAAGAGGAAGAAGAAGAAGCUCAAGCUCAACAACAAGGACGAAGACGACGACGAAGAAGACAGAGAGAGAAAGAAGCAGAAGAAGAAGGCUGUAGAAGAAGUACAAGAAGAGAAGCCUGCAAGCGAUAACGAGGAGGAGGUGCAGGAGGAUGCCAAGCCGAUCGGCGACGUUAUUAGGGUUUCUGGCAAGGGUAAAGGGAGGCGGAACCACUACGACGCUUUUGAGUACGACGGGCUUCGAUACGAUCUCGAAGAUCCUGUGCUUUUAGUUCCCGAGGCAGAAAAUCAAAAGCCUUAUGUGGCGAUUAUUAAGGAUGUUAGUCAGAAAAGAGAUGGAUCCAUGAUGGUAACUGGACAGUGGUUCUACCGUCCUGAGGAGGCAGAAAAAAAGGGAGGGGGCAACUGGCAAUCAAGGGAUGCCAGAGAACUCUUUUACAGUUUUCAUCGCGACGAGGUUCCAGCAGAGUCUGUGAUGCACAAAUGUGUGGCACAUUUUAUCCCACGUAACAAACAGAUCCCCAGUCGCAAACAGCAUCCUGGAUUUAUUGUGCAAAAGGUGUAUGACACCGAACAAAGGAGAUUGUUCAAGCUGACAGACAAAGACUAUGAAGACAACAAACAACAUGAAAUCGAUCUUCUUGUUCAGAAAACCUUAUCAAGACUGGGGGAUCUUCCUGAUAUUGAGACAGACGAUGCAGUUGCUGAUCAGGAAGAUCGGUUGAAGAAUAACAGACUGAUGCGAAAACCAAAAAUUUCACCUCUUGAUGUCUCAAGGGACAAUGAGACAACCACGAAGUCUGGUCAAUCUCUAAAAGCGGAAACCCCAGGGAGUGUUAAAAGUAAUAAUAAAGAUUUAGAAUACUACACCAUUUUAGCAAAAUUUAAAGCCCUUACUGGUGAAACACACCGCGACAAAUGGUUAGAUAAACUUCUACAAGGAAUUCAACUUGGGUUCAGUUCGGUGGACAAUGGGCAGAUUGAUGAUAAGGAGAAAGGCGGAUCUCAUGGCAUUGAUCAGGCACGUGACAGUUGCUCAAAAAGUGCAAAUGGAUCUCAAGAGAAGAUUUUAAUUGGAGGCACUGCUUUUGUAUGGCCAGAUGCUGCUGUUCGCGCUGUAACUGCCCUUGAGCAAGCCUCGCAUGAUGCGCUUUCCUCAGAUUUUCAGAAAUAUAACCAAAAGAUGAGGCAGUUAUUCUUCAAUCUCAAGAGCAAUGCUUUAUUAACGAGACGUAUACUGAAUGGAGAGUUGGAACCGUCGAAAAUACUUGGCAUGUCACCUAACGAGUUGAAGGAGGGUUUAACUACAGAGGAAAUAGCAAGCAAGGAGCCUGAUGAGCCAAAGCGCAUGCAGAUGACUGAUGCUCGCUGCAAGAGAUGCAUGGAGAGAAAAGUGGGUGUAAUAGAUAUCAUUAAAGCUGGACAUGGAGAACGUUAUCAGUUGGAGUGUACAGCUUGCGGCCAUACUUGGUAUGCCUCUAGAGACGAGGCAUCAAUGCUGACAAUCGACGGUCCGAGUACUGUCAGGAGCGUGGGUACCGCACCAUGGGCGACUGCCAAGUUUGAAGAUGUUGAGAAGAAGUUGGUCAGCCCUAAGGAUUCUGAUAAUCCUGCCGGCGGUGAUGUUUUCAGAAAGACAACCGAAGCCUAUAUGCCGGUUUUGGACACCCAGAAAUCAUUUAACAAGCCUAGAACCGACGAUGCUGAGUAGCUUAUUACUGUGUCAAUACUUCCUUAGGGUUUCUUCAUGUGCAUAUAGCUAAUAGUGUCUGCAGUUGUACAGAUCUUUAUGUAGUGUAUGAUGCUCUAACCAUCUAACUGCACCUUGGGAGAUUCAGGGUGUAAAGUUGGGAGGUCGGAAGUAUUUCGUUAGCGGGGUAUACGGCAUUGCCUUCUUGAUUUCAUGAGUAAAUCCGUGGUUGGAAUUA